CCAAAACCAAAGGAAAGGAGCCCCACAUUCUAUUGAGCUGUCCGACGUCCCCAGCAGCAGCAGCAGCAAGAGCACACGACAAGAAAGGGCAGCCCCUCAAGACUGAACCUCGCCCCAUCGUCGUGGCAAGCAACAAUGGACAUCACCAAGACGGCGGUCUCGCUGCGGGAGAAGGCGCUGCUGUACGGCGACUACUCGACAUACUGGUCGCAGCUGUCGGGCAAGCUGCUCAACAGCCGCAAGAAGCUCAACAUUGCGACCAAGCACCGCGGCAAAUUCAACCCCAAGGCCCCCGUCACGCCCGAGCAGAUCGCCGAGAACCACGAAUAUGUCUACCUCCACUUGCUGACGGCCGAGCGGACAUGGGCACAUGCCAUGACCAUGAAGGCGUCGCACGCGGCCGGCACCAAGGGCAUGACGAGCAAGACCCGCUCCCACAUCGUCUCGAGGCUCGAAAAGGGCGCCCGCACCGCCGAGAGGCUCGCCGAGGCCCUCGCUUCGAGCGCCAGCGGCGCCUCCCCCACCGACGUGCUCGACGCCCGCGCCUACGCCGCCAUGCUGAGGGGGGCCGCCCUCUUCGAGAGGCAGAAGUGGGACGCCUGCCUGAAGAGCUAUGCCGUGUGCCGCAUCAUCUACAGCGCCCUCGCCACCUCGGCCAAGGGCGACGUCUUCAGGGACCUCCUCUCCGACACCGUCGACCCCUCCAUCCGCUACGCCGCCUACCAGGCCAAGAUCCCGCGCACCCUGCCCAUCGCCACCAUUGCGCGCGACGCGUUUGACCACGCCGCCGGGCCCGAGCUGGCCGACCGCAUCAGGGACAUCAACCCCGCCGUCUUGGAGCACGGUGACGCUGACGCCGCCAAGGGCGCCGGCGGAACCCCCGCCGUCCUGACGUGGCGAGGCAGGGAGGUCAAGAUCGAGGACGCCGCCAUCGCCAUCGCCUGGGCCGCCGUGGCCACGGCGCGCGGACGGCUUGCCGAGAAGCUGGCAUCCGCGGGGGCCCUCCACCCCAAGGAAACGGCGGCGGCCUACGACGAGAUCCUGAUCGCCAGCCAAGAUGCCGUCGACGCGACGAAGCAGGCUAUUGACGAGCUGAGGGCGGAGGGGGUCACGCAGAGCGACGCGCGCAUGCAGAGCCUGCAGAUCACCCGGACGGCCGUCAACUACGAGAUGAUCAGCUGGCGAAUCGGCCGCAACAGGGUAUUGGUGGGCGAGAACGACGGCGUCAAGAUGGACUUUUCCGGGCCCGUCUCGCAGAAGAAAAAGAAGAGGAAGCAGCAGCAGCAGCAGGAGGAGGAGCAGGAAGGAGACCGAAGCAAGGACGAGGCGCCCGGUCGGCAGAUUGCGAGGCUAAAGGAGAAGGUCGUUUUGUACGACGGCAUCUUGCAGGACCUCGAGUCCAUCAAGGAGCUCCCGGGCGUGGCCAACGACCAGGACCUGUCAGAACGGUUAGACGCCACCUCGCAGUACUUCACCGCCCUCAAAUCCCUCGCCAUUGCCCGCUCUCACGCCGUCGCCGGCAACGCCGUCAACUCCCUCGCCCUAGUCAAGCACGCCCUCGACCAAACCAACACCGCCGCCCCAUCUCUCUCCAGCCCAGAGAACAACGAUGACGACGACGACGCCGCCUUUACCCCGCGGAACAUCCAGGUCACCAAGCGCGACCUCACCCUCCUCCACGACACCCUGACCGGCGAACUGCAGCGCUGCCUCGCCCUCGCCGAAAUCUUCAACAACAACAACAAAAACAGUUCGAGCACCACCAUCCCCACCGACAAAGCUGCCGAGCCCUUCCAACAGGCAACAACAACGACAGCAGCAGCAGCAGAAGCAGCAGCAGCAACGACCAAGCCGCCCCCGUUGUCCAGCCGCCUCUCCGACUACCCCGCCGGCGGCGUCGACCUCGACAACAUCGUCACCUACCCACCCCGCCUGGAGCCUUUCCCGGUGAAGCCGCUGUUCCUCGACGUGGCCUGGAACUACAUUGCCUAUCCCGGCAAGGCCGCCGCCGCCGACCAACCCGCCCAGCCCAAGGAGAGCCCCGCCGCGGCGGCAGAGCCACAGCCGGAAGCGAAGCCGCAGAGGAGGGGGUGGUUUUCCUUCGGAAGGUCCUAAAACAAAGGGUUCGGGAAUCGUGCCAAGCCGUAUUAUUUUACGAGUUAGGUUGUUGGGUGGG